AUGGCCCGUCUCUCAUCCUCCCCUCGUCCUUGGUUCUACGUUGUCGCGCGCGUCGUCGGCCGAGAUGGCGCCCUUCCUCUGUGGAAAGAGCGUCUUGUCCAUCUUUGCGGUGUCUCGGCCACGGAGCCCUACGGCGAUUCCUACUACUGGGGCGGCGACCUAGAUGGCGAGCCCGAUACCCUCUGGGGCCUCGAGGGCUACACCCACCCCAUCGGCUUCUUCAUCGACCACGUCUCGUCCGAAAUCUUCAAGCGCGAAAUGGCCCUCGUCGACAGCGACGCGCUGCUGCGCACCAAGCAGGGCCUCGGUAGCCCCGACUACGACUUGCACCACUACGACGAGGAAGCCGGCUUUCUCAAGCGCCAGGACGACCCGGACAGGCACUCCACCGACAGCCAUGUCGCGGUCUACCACUUUUGGGCCGCCGACGAGGCGGGCCGGACCCGUGUUCUCGAGGCCCUCUCGCGGUUCGCCACCGACGCCGAGACCUCUCAGGGGGCUAGCGGGUCGAUUCAGAGCGCGUUGGUUCUUAAGGAGUGCAGGGAUCUCAAGCUGGCGACUUUGUGGCUCAGGGUAAAAACCGGCGAUGCCUUCAAGGCGCUCGAGGCCUCAGGACUUCUGGCGGAUCUACUCGGCGAGGUCAAAGGCCUUUGCGAGAAGACGGAGCUGCAUCAAUCGAGUUCUUUUGGAGGACAUUUGGAUAUCAAGGCGUCACCUAAUUAG